AUGCAAGCUCUCCGCGGCGUACGCGCGCGCCUCACGUCUAUUCGUCAGGUCUCGCCCACCGUCUUCGCGCGCGGGAGCCCGUUCCGGUGGACGGUCUCCGCGCUGGUCUGGCUCCCGCUCGCCAUCUUCGUGACUGAGUAUGGGGUGAACGUGAAGGUUAUAGUAGGCCGCAGUAUGCAGCCUGCGCUUAACCCGGACGACUCUACGUCGAAGGACAUCGCGCUGUUCGACUGCUUCUCGAUACGGUUCGCACAAAACUUCAACCGCGGCGACAUCGUCGCGCUACAGUCUCCGUCAGACUCGAAGCGCAUCGUGAAGCGCAUAGUUGCGCUGGAGGGUGAUAUCGUCAGGACACUUCCACCAUAUCCUGACGCGGAGGUGCGUGUGCCCCCAGGACAUGCAUGGGUGGAAGGCGACGAGCCCUUCCACACGGAAGACAGCAACCACUUCGGGCCCGUUCCGCUAGGAUUGGUCGAGUCUCGUCUUGCGUACAUCCUCUGGCCAUGGAAGCGCUUCGGUCCUCUGGGAGCGCCCCUCGUACGGCGACACGACGCCCCCAUAGGCAGCCCCGACUGGCGACGAGGCAAAGCCGAACUCGAGCGUACACAGUGGCGGAGCUCGCGAGUCACCGUUGCACCUCCUCCCAUAGAACCACCAGCGACGGUCGAGCAUGGAACAUAG